AUGAUCAGCACCAUCCAAGAACUUAUCGACCCGGAUUUCGACCCGGUCAUUGAAGAUAUAGACAUGGAUGAUUCAUGUCAGUUUCUGAAGCCUACACCAUCUCACAUAGCACCUGACGAUGUCGAAUAUCUUCGUUCCAAAAAUGCGCUUACGGUCCCGGAACCCUCGCUGCUAAAUGAGUUGUUGAGAGCUUAUUUUCAAUGGAGCUACAACUUCAUGCCAGUCUUGAACAUACAGGACUUCGUGCCGGCUAUUGUCAAUAACGAUCCGGAUGCUAAUAUCAGUCUUCUUUUGCUUCAAGCAGUCCUGUUUGCAGGAUCAGCUUUUGCUGAUAUGAAUCAUCUCAGAGCUGCGGGCUUCCAUACUAGGAGGGAAGCUCGGAAUGAGUUCUUCACACGUGCGAGGCUCUUGUAUCAUCUAGAAUAUGAAGACGAUCCGAUCUGUCUACUCCAAGCGAGUUUAUUGUUGACCUACAACAACGAGCGAGACGACAGCUUGCAGAAAGACAUGUGGUUCUGGACCCUGCCAGGAAACGACUACGAAGACGUCUUUGGUGGUGUCUUUUCGCUCGAGAUCGAAUGGUCGCUCUCGCUCUUAGACGCCCAACGCAGGUUAAUGAGGCAAUCAGCGAUGUUUCGCAACUACGGUUAG